AUGAAGCCCUCUACACUCCUAGGCGGCUCUCUGGCUGCGUCUUCCUCGGGAGCAGUCUCCAAUCCAUCAACGAGCAAGAUCGACGUCCAUGCUCACUUCAUUCCCGACUUCUACGCCCAAGCCCUUCGAGAUGCCGGGCACGUACCCGGUCCCGAUGGCAUGCCCGCCAUCCCGGCCUGGGACCCCGAUACACACUUGGACUUUAUGCAUGCGCAAAACAUCACCAAGGCCUACUUGUCGAUUUCCAGUCCUGGCGUCUAUCUCACCGUGCCCUCAACCAUCGCAACCACCAAUGCCACAAGGCUCGCCCGCCAGGUCAAUGAAUACGCAUCGCGCCUCAAGGCCCAACACCCCCAUCGAUUCGGCUUCUUCGCGUCGCUCCCGCUCCCAGACAUCCAGGCCGCCCUCGACGAAAUCCACCACUGCUUCCACGAGCUCGACCCAAAACCAGACGGCGUCGUCCUCAUGUCCAACUACUACGGCAUGUACCUCGGCGACCCGGCCCUGAGCCCCGUCUACAAGGCGCUGGACGAGCUGAACGCCACCGUCUUCGAGCACCCGACGACGCCGUGCACCGAGCAUAACCACGUACGAUUCCACACCAACGGCGAAGCGCCCCCCGUCGCGCAAAAGGAAUGGCAGGCGCUGAACCGGCCCGUGGCGAAUCGACAACUCGCCGCGCCGACGCUCGACUUCCCCUUCGACACGGCGCGCACAUUCGCCGACCUCUUGUACUCCAAGGUGCCGGGCCGCUUCGCACGCAUCAAAUGGAUCAUCCCGCACGCGGGGGGCGGCCUGGUUCCCACCCUCGACCGCGUCGUCGGCUACAGCUCGCUGUACCCCGGGCUGAAUCUGACGCAGGCGUUUGUGAGGGAGACGCUCGCGAGGAGCUUCUACUUUGACCUUGCGGGCCCGUGGCCAGCCAGGUUUGCUAUUCCGUCGCUUGUGCGAUGGGUCGAUUACACGAAUAUCGUGUGGGGGUCGGAUACGCCCUUUACGCCUUGGGCCAUGGCGGCCGCGGGAAUAUCUGCAUUUGACAGGGACGUGGAGGAGGUAUUUGGCGGUGAGGAGGAAAAGGCCUACGCUGUGAGAUUCGGCAACGCACAUGGACUUUUUGAAAGUCGAGUUUGA